AGCCGAGCCCCGCUGAUCUCUGCCGGCUGUAAACAAACCUCCGGUCCGCCACUAUGUACGGAGAGGGGCCGUUCUCCAAGCAGCGGCUCCCCGCGCUGUGUCCCCCGGUGCUGACGUCCACCACCGACCGCUGUCUCUGCUGAGCCCGCGUGACACAACCGUUUUUUUAAACACGACAUCUAGACCUGUCAUCGCUUCGGCCGGCGGUGCUCUCACAGGUAUUCUCGUGCUAAUGGUGGCCCGCUAGAGUUGUACGCCCAAGACAGCUCGGUUAGCCAACCGUCAAUCUACCGGUGUGUUGUCACACUCGGCCCCCGCGUUCAGCUGCGCUCACUCGUCCGAGGAGGUCCGUGAACAUGGCAUCGUCCGCCGAGCAGGACCUGGCUCUGUCGGAGGCGGACAGCUCCAAGGAGAAGGCUCAGGUGUUCGGGAUCCUGAGGCUGCAGGAGGAGAAAUGCGCUGCUGCCGCCGCGGACAAAGCUAACAGUGGCAGCACAGUGAGAGGAGGAGGAGGAGGAGGAGACGGAAGAUGGCAGGCUCCGAUUUUCGCUUUGGCCAGAAAAGCGUCUGAGACCAUCUCAGGCAGCAUUCACGUCCUGCCCAAAGUGUCCGAGCACAGAGCUUCUCUGCCCGGGGAGUGGGCCGUUCAAGCCCUGCGAGACCCCAUGACCAUGGAGCGAGCCAACCUGCUGAACAUGGCCAAGCUGAGCAUUAAAGGCCUGAUCGAGUCGGCUCUGAGCUUCGGACGCACACUGGACUCAGACUACCCGCCCCUGCAGCAGUUCUUUGUUGUCAUGGAGCACUGUCUCAAACAUGGCCUCAAGGUGAAGAAGUCCUUUCUGGGCUUUAACAAGUCCCUGUGGGGUCCACUGGAGCUGGUGGAGAAACUGUGUCCGGAAGCAGCAGAGAUUUCAGCCUCUGUACGAGACCUGCCUGGACUAAAGACUCCUCUAGGAAGGGCCAGAGCGUGGCUGCGUCUGGCCCUCAUGCAGAAACGGUUGGCUGACUAUCUGCGACUCCUCAUCACCAGAAAAGACGUCCUCAGUGAUUUCUAUGAGAAUUCAGCACUGAUGCUGGAGGAGGAGGGAGCAGUGAUUGUGGGCCUGCUGGUGGGCCUGAACGUCAUCGACGCCAACCUUUGUGUCAAAGGCGAGGACCUGGACUCUCAGGUCGGGGUGAUUGAUUUCUCAAUGUACUUGAAAAACGACAUAGAUGAUUACAGGAGCGAGGAGAGGAAUAGCCAGAUUUCAUCCAUCCUGGAUCAGAAGAACUAUGUAGAGGAACUGAAUCGACAACUCAACUCCACAGUCCAUGGUCUUCAAGGCAGAGUGGACAAUAUGGAAAAGUCCAACUCUAAACUCAUAGAAGAGUUAGCCAUAGCCAAGAACAACAUCAUCAAACUGCAGGAAGAGAACCAGCAGCUGAGGAGUGAGAACAGCAUCAUUCUGCUGAAGGCACAACAACAUUUAGAGGUGACCCAAGGUGAUGUGUCGUUGGAGAGAGACACUUACAAACAGUCUCGUCAGGGUUUGGAUGAGAUGUUCAACGAGGCUCAGAGACAGCUGAAGGAGGAGUGUCAGCUCAGACAGGAUGUGGAGAAUGAGUUAGUAGUCCAGGUGUCAAUGAAACAGGAAAUGGAGCUGGCCAUGAAACUUCUGGAGAAAGAUAUUCACGAAAAACAGGACACACUGAUUGGACUGAGACAUCAACUGGAUGAGGUCAAAUCCAUCAAUGUAGAACUGUACCACAAGAUGCAGUCGUCCGAUGAGGAGAUGCAGCAGAAGAACGAUAUGAUCAGCCGUCUGGAGGAGAAGACCAAUCAGAUCACUGCCACCAUGAAGCAGCUGGAGCAAAGAUUACAGGAGGCUGAGAGGCACCGCACGUCGGCCGAGGAGGGAACCCGACGCUUCAAGCUGGACUUCGCCAACAAGGCCGACAGCCUGCAGCGGCAGAUCGAACACAGAGAGAGACAACUCCAGCAGCUGGAGACCGACCUGAAGAUCGAGAGGGAGUGGAGGCAAACGUUACAAAAUGAUCUGGACAGAGAGAGAGAGUCGGUGGCUGAGCUCAGCACAGAAGCGCUGCAGAUCAACGGACUAAAAAAGGAAUUCCAUCGUCUCCAGGAUGAAAACAUUCAGCUCAAGACCAUCUGUGAAGACCAAGAACGAGCUCUUGAGGAGUUAGGCUCCAAACUCAGCGAAUCCAAACUGAAGAUUGAGGACAUCAAAGAGGCCAACAAAGCACUUCAGGGGGGUCAGGUUUGGCUGAAGGACAAGGAAGCCAGCCAGUGCAAACUCUGUGAAAAGGAGUUUUCCAUUUCAAGAAGAAAGCACCACUGUAGGAACUGUGGGGAGAUUUUCUGCAACGGUUGCUCUGACAACGAGCUUCCUCUGCCUGCCUCACCAAAACCAGUCCGAGUGUGUGACACCUGCCACGCCCUCCUCCUCCAGCGAUGCUCCUCCAAUCCUACGUGAGGGCACCCCACGCUGCUGCCGGGACUGUUUCCAUCUAUCAGAGCCGACACACUCCAGUCCUCCUCCUGUAAGACCCCCCCCCCCCCCCCACUGCCCCAACUGACCUGAACAGUGUUUGCUGCUAGGAACGGACCCUGUGCAUGAAUGUGAAGGACAACUGAUCAGUCUUCUAGGAUGUUGAAGAAGGAAGAAUAUCAAAGACACAGUCACCUCAAAGUCGUUUAUCUCUCAGGCCUGACUCACUACUUUGUCCGCACACUAUUUUCUGUGUCAAAUAUUCUAUCAGUUCACUAUUUAGGCAAAGACUGCUCCCUGGGAAACUGACAAGCUGGAAAUAGAAGCGUCUGCUUCAGUAUCAUAAACAAUCAUCUCUGUCACUUUAGUUCUACUAAAUAUAAAAGUGUUUUACAGAUUAAUCCAUUAAUUUACUGUGAAUUUAAAAUCAAUGAUCACGAAAGUAUAAAUUGCCUUUAACUCAGUCCGAGUGUUGCAUUAGUUUUGCAUAGGCAGCAUGAAAAGGUCACAGGACAGCAACACUUUCCAAAACUCAACACAAUAUAACAAAGUUCAAAGCUCUAACUGGUGGGAUGAUAAGAAAAUGACCUCACGUUGAACUGAUAGUGAAACUGCACUGAUGAGCACAGCUGCAGCUUAAUGCAGAUGUUUUUCUCAGCCAAACCUUCAAUCACAUGUUUUAUUUACACGCAUCAAGCAGCCAAUUACAUGAGAUUAUAUAUCAUUUAUAUACCCACCGUACGGUGGCCUUGUUACUGUUGAGUCUGACUCCAGAUCACCUUUAUUUGAGAAGUGACACAAACUGUGAGGCAGCGUUAACACUGGCACAACAGACUGAAUCAACCUGCCGGGUUGAAUUCAACUUUAACUGGGUAUAUUCACUCAAGUUCAAAUCUGAACUGUGCCACAAAAUGACUUAAAUUAUUUUGUUUUCAAUGUUUUAAGUGCAGUUGUUUCAGAAAGCAUCGUGAUUAUAUUUUGUUUCUGCCAUCAUCAAGGGCCUCAGUGUGUUCUGACAUUUUCCUCAUAAACGUUCAGUGUGUAAUGAGACACGAGUUCCAGGAACAUUCAUUCGCUCUGUUGCUGCCAGAACAAGACUAGUUCCCCAAGAACACCUGUUUAUAGGAACUGAAAGAUGUGUUUUUUUUUUAAACACAGUUAAAAACUGGUGCUAAUUGUGCCUGUGUAAAUGCAAUGAAUAUUAUCUACCUGUUGCCAAAAUUUGCCCUGUAACUGUAGCAACACUAGCUUAUACUAGCCAGGCAAGCAGUCUCCAUUAAAGGCAAAUGUCACUGUUUGACAAACUAAUGGAUUCUGCCUAAAGGACCAAGCGUAGCAACAGAUGUCUUCUCCACAUAUUUAGUAACUGAUUGAAUCAGUCAGUCUCUACAACUGGCUCUUGGAACCACUGAUGGAUGUUAGUGAAGACAAAGCCACAAAGUAUGUUUGAACACUUUCCAAUCAUAUAUAUUACUUGUAAUAUAGAUUAAUUUUAACGUAUUUAUAAUUAAUUCUGUUUUAUACCCAUGAGUCCAGGGAACUUGUUUUGAGUUUACCUUGUUAACUUGAGUUUAGAUAUAAUUUGUUGUGAAAGAACCAUAUUUGAAACUCUACACGAUGUUUUCUUUAUCGUAAAUCAGGAUUGAAAGAUUGCGACACGUUGUGUUAGCGUUGUGAAGCUGAUGCUGAUGACUGUGUUUCAGUGACAGGUUAUGAGUUCCACUGCACAUUCUGGUUUUGUACUCUUACACGAUGUUUACAACCUGCAGUUUUUUUUAAAGAACAGUAAGUAUUCAUUGCCAUGAGAUAAAACAGACCUGGGUUGAUUUCAGUUUCAAGUGUUUCUCUUGUCACAAAUAUUUAUAAAUCAUCUCACAUUUGAUCAUGUAAUCAUAAAAAGUUGUACAUGGAAAUGCUCCUGAAGUCUUCAGGCCUGAAACACUGGGCGCAGCGGGGCUCUUUCAAAUCUCCCAGCUUUCAGUGGGACUUGUACAGUGUUAAUACGACUGUCUGUUGUGUAUACAUAGUGUUGAUUAUCACUGUGGCCCUUUAGCUUACUAAAUCCUGCCACUUUAAUGUCAGCUCUAGUAUGUUGCCUUGACUGCAUCAGAUUAAAUCAAGAUAUUUCUGA